AUGGUCUCCGGUACCGCUGGCAAGACUGCGCCCCGCCUCCUCCAGGACCUCUUCACAUACGACCCCCGCCAUGAAGAGCGCGCUGGCCGCAACCUGUUGACAAGCCCGCCACCCCAAUACGACGCAAAGGCCCCGGCCGUCGCUGCAGUGCCCUUUAGGAACUGCAGACACAAUCUCUUCACCAAAGACCGCCAGUCGAUACCCGUCGAGGCUGGCCGCGAGCCCGACUCGCAAUCCAUAUACAAGGUCGCCUCGUACUGCACCAAGUGUCGUUGGCAUUUCGACGUCGUCGUCGACCACCGCAAUGCUGCUGUGCAGGCCAAGUGGUGUGCAAAGGGAAAUACGGAAUACGCCCUGCACCACUUCCUCUACCAGGGCGAGGAUGGCUCCAAUGGCGUCAACGGCCUCGAGGCCCAGCUGCGCUCACGCACCUACGUCUUCCGCUGCUCAGCACCCGAGUGCUCGAUCCAAGUCCGCAUAAGCAUGAAGCCGCCCUUCUUCUCCGACCAGGACAUCGAGACCUUGACAAACCAAGCCAAGUUGCGCAAAAGAUGGGAAGUCGCGAAGCAGAUUGCUGGCGACCGUGCAGAUGCUGUCAUGGCACGGCGAGUGGACGCUCCCGACUACCUCAACACAUAUCUGCAGGACUCGUUGAACCCGACCAAGGGCAAGGCACGGAUUCCUUUGCUUAACAAGAAGUUCCUUCGGACCUUUGGCAGAGACUGCGAUUCCAUUCUCAAGCGUCUGGGUUUCGAGAACCGUCAAGAAGAAGAGGAUGACGGUACUCUGGUGGAAGCCUGGUACCUCCCCAGGCCGGAGAGCACCGCACACCCUCUCGACUACACCCUACGCACCAAGAUCGAAGAUGCCCGCUACGAGCUGAACACGAUAAUAACCAGUAUUCCCGAGGCCGACCGCACAGGCUGCAGACACCAGCCCAUGCACCCCUUCCCCUCGCGGGACGAGAUGGAGAGGGUACUCGCAUGCGCCGACUACCCCAAGGUGAAAGGACGAGAAACACGUAGCACGAGCCAUGAAGAGGAUCACCCCUAUUAUGCUAGCCUAGGUGCUCUAGCUGAUUUUGACGACUCGUUGAUUCUCUUCGCCUUCUCCCGUCAGGUUGCUGUUGACAUUGAGAACAAGGCCUAUUACUUUGAAUGCUUGCAGGAUCUCGCAGCCGGCCGCCAAAGUGAGACGCUUGCAGUCGAGGUUGCUUUGCUGGCUUCUCAGGGCCUCAUCAGCAAACGGGACUCUCGGCGCGCAUACGAGUACUUUGGUAUUGAUCCAGCACAUGCAGACGUCAUUGGCGACGAUCAUAUCAUUGGUUCCUUCAGGUCUCGGCUGGCUGAUAUCAGCACACUGCAAGCCGAAGAGGCUCGGAAGCAGUUGCGAGUCCUCGGGGACGUACGUGGUAGUGACAAAAUCAAGGCAGAAGCUUCUGGCUCCAUCGAGACGUACGAUCAGGCCAUGGCAUGGUUCGAGCUUGAUCACACUGCACCAGACGACUUUGUUCAGACCAUGUACACACUAAAGACGCAAGACAACCCAGCAGAAAUAGAAACCGCGCAAAAAGCAUUAGAGAUUAUAGCAGAGCACAGACAAAGCGAACGACUGCGGCAUUACCUCAAAUUCGGCACCAUGUCGGAGCCUGAGAUGGACCUUGGCGAUGCAUAUGCUCACUUCCAAGUCUCGGACAGAAGUGUUGCGCUUGACCCGGCUGUUCUGGAUUCUCUACUCAGCACCUACGACAUGGGUACGAGCGAAAGAGCGAGAAUGGAGAAAGCACAUGCUCUCAUUCAGCAAGAUCAGGCCGAGAGGUUCGGCAACCGCCCUGCAAAUGCGAGCAUGCCUGUCGUGCGGCGCAACAACUACCCACUCGACUCAUGGCCAGUUGGUCUCAGGAACAUUGGCAACACAUGUUAUCUAAAUAGCGUGUUGCAAUUUCUCUUCACUAUCAAGCCAUUGCGGGACCUUAUUCUCAAUUGCGAGGAGCACUUGCAAGACCCUUCGCCAGAAGCCCUCAAGGACAAGAAGGUUGGACGGAUGGCAGUCACCCCGGAAAGGGUCAAGACUGCGCAGAAAUUCGUCCGCGAGUUGCGCACCUUUUUCGAGCGUAUGAUUACUGCACCUACCGAUACGGUACAACCUGAAAUAGACUUGGCUUCACUUGCACUGUGCAAAUCAGACAUUUCAGAGGAGACGGUACAGUCACCGGAUGCAGAUGCCACUGGAGUCGCAGGCCUUGGUACCAUUGAUGGAGCGGUCGUCAGUGGCCCCAUGUUACCGCCUGCUGCGGACGAUUCUACGCCAGUCGAGGCUCCUGCAGGAUCCGCUGUAGAGGGCGGUCAUGUCGAUUCAGCAGAUUCUGUCAUGAAGAAUGCCGACACAACUGCUCCUGCAGACUCUGAGAUGAAGGAGGUUAGCUCUACGGACAAUGAUAAAAAGGAUGAGGCUGAUGUCCCUGCUCCACCAACGCGGCCACCUCCAAUUCCACCGCGAGCAGACCCUAAACCGGCUAUCAAAUCCCCUGUUCGGUCAAGCACCACAAUUGGUCGGAUUGAAGAAAGUGCUCGACAGCAGGAUGCCGCAGAGGUCAUGGCUAACAUUUUCGAUCUGAUAUCCUGUGCCAUCACGGGCGACAGUGUUUUACGAGAAGGCGAGCAAGGAGACGCCAUCAAGAAGCUUUUCUUUGGUGAUGUCACAACAGUCAUGGAGAAACCGGAUGGAGUCCAAAAGAAUCAGGAGCUUCGAGACCACUUCCUGGUUGCCACUGGUCGCCGCGAUCGCUCGCUCUACGCGACCUUGGACGAGGAUUUUGGUCUAGGUGAAAUAGAAGGUGGUGGUGGUACCAGAUACGAUUACGUCGAGCAGGCUGCACCUAUUCAGAUCAUCAACGUAAAGCGGCUACAGUACGAAAAGGGCCAGCCCGUAUACGACCACUCGCACAUUGGCCUUGAGAAGACCAUGUACUUAGACCGGUACUUGGCAAGGACACCAAUGCUAGACGAAUCCGAGCUACUGGAACUCCGCAAAGCGCAAUGGGCAAAACAGAAGCAGCUGCGAGAGCUGGACGCAAAGCGGACAAAACUGCAGACGAGCGGUAUUGAGAACAUGAACCUACCAGAGUGUCUUGAAGCCACUAGCGACUUUAUCAAGAGCCUGUCUACAGAGAGGACGGAAGAUGAAGACCAGCAAGCGGCUCCAGCCAGUCUACCAACCCCUCCUCCAGAGUUGUCCGAGACGCUGCACGACCGUGCCACUGAUCUCGCCUCGGAACUUGCAGGCAUUGAUGCCCAGAUGACGAUGCUAGAAUCCGAAAUCAGCAAUGUUUUCGGUGAUUGUACAUCGGUUCCGUACCGGCUGCACGCCGUUUUCGUGCAUCGCGGCGAUGUCAAGGGUGGGCACUACUGGAUCUACAUUUACGAUUUCCAGAACAAAGAAUGGCGAAGCUACAACGACGAUAGGGUGGAGAAGGUUGUAGAUGAGAGCGUAGUACUGGACAAAGAAGAGAGCAGCCGGCCCAAGGUCAGCACGGGCGUGGUGUACGUUCGGGAAGAUCUGGCAGAAGCAUACACAGAGGCCGUGUGCCGGCGGCCCGAGCAACCCAAUAGCGAGGAAAAGGAUGUCGAGAUGAAGGACGCGGUGGAUGGAGCGGACGAGGAGCUGCCCGACCUGGAGCCCGUGGACACAACAAACGUGCCAGUGAUUGAGGGCGUGGAGAAGCUGUAAGCUCUUUUUUACCGAGCGCCAACUCAGCACCCGUUUCUCUGCGCUUUGCAUGGUACUGACAUGACAGUCCACCUUCACGCACGCUCGCCGCGCCAUGUGAAGCGCCGUCAGUCGUCGACUCGAAUGAUUCAGCAAACGAAGACUAUGCCGUUGUGGGGAAGCGAAAAGGCACGCGGCUGGAAUCCCCGCCCAAGAAGGGAAGGCCGCGUGGUGAUGGCACGGAGAGUAUGCCGGUGGAGUUGGAGGAUGAGUGGGUUCAGGUGUAGACGUGGGGUGAGGGGGGUAGCAUAGAUCGAGCAUGUUCUUUAGCAUUGCUAAAUGCAUUUGGAAGGGAAGAGGGUAAUGC